AUGAACACAUCACUGUCCGUGGCCCAGCUCGCGCAGAACCUGGGCGCCGAGAGAGGCCUGGCCCCGCGUGGGGUCGAGCCGGCGCGGCUGCCGCCGGGGAGCCUGAAGCGCGGGGCCACACACGCAGGGCCCAACUCGUUAGGCCGUGAGCGGCCGCGGCCUUGGCGGCGAGGCCUCCCAGGUGCCGGCUGGGGCCCUAAGGAGCGGAGCGCAGGCUGGGCCCAGGCCGCGGGCGGGCUAAGAGGCGGAGGGGCUGGGGCGCCUCCGGUGGCUCAAGGCCUACGGUCCUGCUCGCGCGUGGAGGAGAAGGAGGCAGCCGCGGCGGCGGCUGUUUUCCUAGAGAAAGAGAGCUUCGCUCUGUCCUUCUCUUCUGCCUCUGAUGCAGAAUUUGAUGCUCUGGUUGGAUAUUUAGAGGACAUUAUCAUGGAUGACGAGUUCCGGUUAUUACAGAGGAAUUUCAUGGACAAGUACUACCAGGAGUUUGAAGACACAGAAGAGAAUAAACUCACCUACACACCUAUUUUUAACGAAUAUAUUUCUUUGGUAGAAAAAUAUAUUGAAGAACAGCUGCUGGAGCGGAUUCCUGGAUUUAACAUGGCACCUUUCACCACAACUUUGCAGCACCAUAACGAUGAAGUGGCUGGUGAAUUUGACAUGCUGCUCACGUUCACAGACUUUCUGGCUUUUAAGGAAAUGUUUCUGGACUACAGAGCAGAAAAAGAAGGCCGGGGACUGGAUUUAAGCAGUGGUUUGGUGGUGACUUCAUUAUGCAAAUCAUCCCCUGUGCCAGCUGCCCAGAAUGAUCUGCGGCACUAGGUCCUACCACCAGGCAACGAUAUCUUUCU